AUGUAUUUGAUCAGAACUGAAACGGACCGUUUUUACAAGGAACGGCACGAACUGCUAACGCGCAAGUCGCUCGAACAGCAAUACGAGGAGGACGCAGGUAGACCUCCGUCUGAAGAGCCCGGCGUUCAGUUCUUUCCUGAUAUCACCGGGUGGGAUAUCAUCGAGAUCCAGGAAUGGGCGGGAUGCGUUGACCUGAAACCUGCCUCUGUGUGGUCUGUGGGCGCGAUCAACACCUUCUACCAUCUCCUCGAGCGCAGAUCCAAUGAGAAACAGAAGUUUGGGCAUCUCCAAGGGUUUGCCUUGUUCACCAAUGCGCCCAUCAAUGCGGUGAUAGAAAUUGCGAAUAAGUCGUUUGGGUUCAACCAAUGGGAGAGCUCUCUGAUGGAAGAAACAGGGCGAGUGGUGCGAUAUAGAAAGCACGAGUUCGACGACGAACGAGGGCACCGGUACGACCUUGAGUAUGCUAUUGACACAUGUCUCCAAUUGGCAGACGGAACGGUAGCACGGAAGACAGGGUUUGGGGUGGCGCAAUGGAUGCCAUCAAAGGGGCUGGCAUUUUCUUAUGCGAAGAAACAAGCCGCCACUGAUGGACUGAAGGCUUGCUUUUAUGCACUGGUUGCUCUUUUGGAACAGUAUGAGGAGAAGCUUGGCGAAGGGUAUUAUGAUUGA